GCGGGGAGACGGAAGCGCGAUUUCCCUCAGGCAUGCUGGGACUGCGAGUGCUCCGCCGCGCUUCCCGUCCGCCGGGGGCCCGCGGGCCGGGCCGCGAUCCCUGCGGGCUGGGCCGCGAUCCCUGCGGGCCCGGUGGUGGGAAAAUAAGAAACAAAAUGAAGCCUUUCCAAAAGGUCUGUCUUUUCAAGAGCCUGCUUGCCAAUUGCUGCUGUCACAGCCAACUUGACAGCUGUCUUCUCCCUCCUGUAGCAAAGAAGAUAGGCUGCGUGAUGGGACUGCACAGCCAUGGAUUUUGGAGGCCAAAGUCUUUAUUGGACACAGCUAGAUUCACUCUGUCUUUUAACAGUCGGCACAGGAAAAACCAUCAGGAUUCUCAAGCUUUGUGGAAGCAUGAGGCUGUGCAGAAGUAUCUGGAGACUCUAAGCAAGGAAUACCAGCAGGUUAGUCAUCAGUUAAGCGCAGACUCGUUAAAUGACUUUGAGCAAAGAGCCCUGAGGAGAAGAUGUGCCGAUCUGUCCCCCAUUGCAGCUGCAUUUCAAGAAAUCAAAGAGGCUGAAAGAGAAGUUCAGGAGUUAGAAGCGAUGUGCUCAGAGCUAGACAGCAGAGAUGAGAAACAACUUCUAGAACUUGCCUUAGAAGAGAAGAAAGGCCUGGAUAAAAAAAUGAAUAUGUUGUGCAGAAAGCUUUUCCAGCUUCUAGUGCCAAAGGAAAAAUAUGAUAGAAGUCCUGUCAUAUUAGAAGUGACAGCUGGCAGAACAACUGGAGGGGACAUCUGCCAACAGUUCACUAAAGAAAUGUUUGAGAUGUACCAGAACUAUGCCGACUACAAGCGUUGGACAUUUGAUGUUGUGAACUACACGCCAGCUGAGAUAGGAGGCUUGCAUCAUGCUGCUGCUCAUAUUUCCGGAGAGAAUGUCUACAGGCAUCUGAAAUAUGAAGGAGGAACUCACCGAGUCCAGCGAAUCCCUGAGAUAGGCUUGUCGUCAAGAAUGCAGCGUAUUCACACUGGGACGAUGUCAGUCAUUGUCCUUCCUCAGCCAGAGGAGGUUGAUGUUAAAGUGGAUCCCAAAGAUUUGCGUAUAGAUACAUUCAGAGCCAGAGGAGCAGGAGGGCAACAUGUUAACAAAACUGAUAGUGCUGUGAGGAUUGUGCACCUUCCCACAGGACUGGCAGUUGAGUGCCAGCAGGAGCGGUCGCAGCAGAUGAACAAGGAAAUAGCUCUGCGGACACUGAGAGCUAAGCUGUACCAGCAGGUCAUUGAAAAGCAGCUCAGUCAAGAGCAGAGUGCCAGGAAACUGCAGUUGGGAACAAGAGCCCAGUCAGAGAGAAUUCGUACUUACAACUUCACCCAGGACAGAGUCACUGACCACAGGAUCUCCUAUGAUGCACGAAAUAUUAAGCCCUUUUUUGUUGAUGGUUUUGUGCAGAGUGAUGAGAAGAAAGAAAGCAGACAGCAUCUCCCCUCUUUACUAAGUUUUGGAUGUCCCAAAUAUAGGUAUUGAAAUUUAGAAGCUGAGCCUCUUCCGUCAGCCUGGCCAGGAGAUCCUGAAGGGUCUUUGUCCUAAGCUUUUCCUGCAAAUGCAUAUACAUGUGUAUGUCAGCAAAAUACCCCUAUGACAGUUUGAGAUAGAGUGGAAACACUUCUACUGGAGGCCACUGUGUGCAAUGCUCUGCUUUGCUAAAACCAGAUAUAUUUGCUUUUCCUUAUUGAGAACACAUUAUUUGAAACUGUUUUCUCCAAACUUAAAAAAUACUUGAAGCCAUAUUUUAUUCUAAGCUCUUUCACUCCAGCCUUUCUGUGGGAUUAAAGAGCUGAGAGAUUGUGUUUGACCACGGCCUGGCACUUGUCCAGAAGGAAGGGAUGUGCAGCAGAACACUGCUGUUUCUGAGGUGUUUUCAGGAUGGAAUAUUUCAGCUUGGGCUUUUUGGUUCCUACAAGCAAUCAGGACUUUCAGCAUCGAAAUCAACAGCAGGAAAAAUUACAGUAACAAAGCACGGGGAGGAAAAGGGAAACAGUGUCUUGGGAAGAAACAAAUAGCCCCGGGAACAGCACAACAGGGCAAGAGGAGAUUCUUCUGCUCCAAACAGCCUUCUCCUGCAGCUUUCCCUGUCAAAUAGGGCCACAACAAACAUGAACUACCAGCUCUCCGCCUGGCUUCCCCCCAGCACCAUCUGGGGACCUUACCCAUGGACGUCACAUCACAGGUUGUGCAGGGCACCAGCUUCACCACUCUGCAGAUCCUGCUGAUUGAUUGGAAAUGCAGCUCUUGGAUCUCUUUCAUUUCUCUGCUGAGGCCUCACACAGCAGCAUCUCACCCAGCCAGCAAGGAAGCCAGACAAAAGCUGUGUGUGCCUGGAAGGAGCAGCCCUUCCAUG